AUUCCACGCCCGAGCUAGCUCCGCCCUAUGCGCCUUCUUUCCAGCCUCCGGCUCUUUUCUGUUUCCUUCCCAGCUGCCUUUGCGUGAGCAAAAUGGCAGCCCCCAUGCCGCGGAGUUUGUCUUGCUUAUCCAGGGCUGUAGGAUGGUGGUCUCGGCAGCCAAUCCUGAUGACUCAGUCCACAGCAGUAGUUCCAGUGAGAACUAAAAAACGUUUCACACCCCCUACUUAUCAACCCAAAUACAAAACAGAAAAACAGUUCAUAGAAUAUGCCCGGAAAGCAGGACUGGUGAUUCCUCAAGAAAGUUUGGAACGUCCCAUACAUCUGGCCUGUACAGCUAGUAUCUUUGAUGCCUAUGUUCCUCCUGAGGGUGAUGCCCGAGUGUCAUCUCUUUCUAAGGAAGGACUGGCACAGAGGACUGAGCGAUUGAAGAAGAAAGUGGCGUCACAAUUGUCAAUCCGGAGGAUAAAAGAAAGUGAUCCUAAUUUUAAAGUAAAGGACUUCCCUGAAAAAGCCCAGGAUAUCUUCAUUGAAGCUCACCUGUGUCUAAACAACUCAGACCAUGACCGACUUCAUACCUUGGUAACCGAAAACUGUUUUCCGGACAUGGUCUGGGACCUCAAAUAUAAGACUGUCCGCUGGAGCUUCGUAGAAUCUUUAGAGCCACCCCAGGUGGUGCAGGUUCGCUGUUCGAGUCUGGUGACCCAGAGCAACGCGUAUGGCCAGGUCACCGUCCGCAUGCACACCCGGCAGACUCUGGCCAUCUAUGACCGGUUUGGCCGGUUGAUGUAUGGACAGGAAGAUGUGCCCAGGGAUGUCCUAGAGUAUGUUGUCUUUGAAAAGCACCUGGCGAAUCCCUAUGGCAGCUGGAGAAUGCAUGGCAAGAUCAUUCCCCCAUGGGCACCCCCUAAGCAGCCCAUCCUUAAGACGGUGAUGAUCCCUGGGCCCCAGCUGAAACCUGGGGAAGAGUAUGAAGAGCUGCAAAGAGAGGCCCAUAAGCCUCAGCUAGCGUGACGGCAAGAAUGACUCUUGGGGUGAAGCAUGGGUGAUGAAGCAGCUGGAACCUGUGAAGUCUGGGUGUCCGGAAGCUGUGAAGUCACCUGUCUUUCUUCACGCUGUAGAAAGAACUGCCUUUGUUCUCUCUUACCCUGCUUGGGACUUUUAAGCAGUCUUAUCCUCAAUAACAACUGCUGCUGGUUGGGCCCUGGUGGGUUGGUUCUAUGCACAAUGGCUCUGCUUCUUUUUUUCCAUCUUAAAUCUAGUUUCUAACUCCAGAUGAAAGAUGGUAUGUUUCAGAGAACAUGAUACCAGCUUGCCCAUAGCAAGAACUGUCAGGAGCAAACUGGCAGGACUUUCUAAUUACAGGGCAGGGAUCAGAGUUGGAAAUAAAACACUUAUCAAGUAUUAGACAAA